UUACCCACAUGUUGUGCGAAUCAGUCCGCGUAAUCACACGCACGCGAAUGGCCAACUACGAAAUAUAUAGCCUGCUAGUAAAUGGAGGAUCAGUCUUCGGCUUCAACCUACAAAAUAUAGCCUACUUGACAAUCACUACAUACUUCGUAAAAAUGGUGUGAAGGACCUCUUUUAUUAAACAGCAUGGAUUGGACUAUUGGGAAGGAGAGAAUUCCCUCAUGUAAUAGUGAACUGCCUAAGGCCUCAAACAAUGCCUCCGGAACCAACCUCACUAUCAAUCUGAAUGAAAUGCUCAGAUCAAAAGCUGACGUGGAAAGGAAGCGUGUUCCAAUCCGCCCACCCAACCCAAGAGCCCCUGCACCCAGGGAACUGGAGUUUAGUCGAGGCCUUUCGUGUGAGCCCAUGCCCAAACCCAUUAUCCGAAGACGUGCACGAUCUCUGUCCUCCUCCAAAGAGUGGAAGAGGCACACUCGUAAUGUUGGGGUGCGUUUUGUAGACUGCUUGGGCCUGGACCUAGAGGACGUUAAGGUUUUCAAAACCGGAGAGGAUCCUUUUGUGCCACAACAUGUCUCCUUCAAGCUUUUGAUGGGUGCAGAGCUGGCUGGGGGGAAGAACUUGGAAAUCUCACUGCCGUAUCUGAAGCCGGUGUUCCCUCAGCAACCCGGUGAUCGACCUGAAUUCUUCAGCCGCCUGCGCCAGCAGAGAGUCUGUCUGGAGAGGGUUUUGUGCUUUGACCUGGGCAUCAUUGGGAUCACUCAGGUCCUCAACCUCCAUUUUGAGAAAGAGGUGAGCGUGCGCUAUUCUUUCACAGGAUGGAGGUGCAGCUCAGAAACCAAGGCCUCCUGGGUAUCCACCACCUGCAAGUCCUGGGAUGGUACACAGGAGCAGCUCAAUUGUGACACCUUUCGUUUCCACCUGCCUGUUCCUCCCUUCCUGCUACCUGGAGCUGCUUUGGAAUUUGCUGUCCGAUACAAAGUUUCCGGGAAAGAGCACUGGGACAACAACGAGGGGCAAAACUAUAAGUUGGUCUGCCAUAGCUACAAGCUGACUGUGCCUAAGGAGUGUGAGCAUAGCAUGGUGCACUUUAUUUGAGCUCAUUUAACAAGGAGCAUUUACUGGUUGCUCUCAUAAGUUCCAAUUAAUAAUUUGGCCACAAGGUCAAAAACUUCAUCAGAACUGAGAGGCAGCAGUAGUGUUCAGAAAAAGACAGAUCUGGUAUAUAUGAAUAACAUGUUAUUGGAGCACUCAGCUAAUAGAGAAUCACAUCAUGGUUAUCUGUGACUGUGGUGGAAGCCAUGUUUAUUAUUCAUUCAUACACAUUUAUUUUAACAGAGCACACCUAUUAGUAUUGGAGUGCAUGUUUUCAAAUGCAAAUGCACUUUAUUAUAUACAUUGCCUUCGGAAAGUAUUCAGACACCUUGACUUUUUCCAAAUUUUGUUACAUUACAGCCUUAAUCUAAAAUGGACAUAAAUCUACACUCAAUGCCCCAUAAUGACAAAGGAAAAACAGGUUUUUAUCAAUUUGAGCUGGCCUCCCAGCCAAACUGAGAAAUCGUGGGAGAAGGGCCUUGGUCAGGGAGGUGACCAAGAACCCAAUGGUCACUCUGAUAGAGCUCCGGAGUGAUAUUUCAGUUCUUCAAACCAGUUUUUGCCUUGUCAUUAUGGGGUAUUGUGUGUAGAUUGAUGAGGGGGAAAAAAACUAUUGAAUAUAUUUUAGAAUAAGGCUGUAACAAAAUGUGGAAAAGUCAAGGGGUCUGAAUACUUUCCGAAGGCACUGUAUACAGCACUUGUUCAGAUAAGACUGACACAGAGUACACAUUUCACUGUGGCAAUGUGCCUCUGGAUAAUGCACUUACUUUAUGGUUUCUACUUGUCGGAUGUUUUAAAAUAAUUUUGACUUACUCUGGUCCUCGGAACUAGCCAUGCUUGCCAGGUGGAACACAUGUAACUGGUUGAGAUUAAUUUAUAACAGGAAAUAAAGAGUUUAUCUUCAAGAGAAGAUCAGUCAAGCAUUUAAACUAUGCAACCAAGCAGCUUUUAGUUCAAAUAUUACUCAUGAUAUAAAUUGAAAAUAUUUAGCAACUAACAAAAGAAAUACACUGUUUAACUGGUCGUACUUAGAAAAGUUAAUACUAUUGUUUCUUGUUCUUUUUACAUUAAAGCACAGUUGAUGAUA